UUCAAGUCAUCAUCCGAGCAGGUUUCCAUUGCUGUCCAGCCUUAUGGACUCCAUAAAUCAGAUGGGAUCUUAUCGUUCCAUCCUUCCGGGCUGCCGCUGGCCGUGGAGGCGCAAUCGUGAUGCGUGUGGAGCACCGGCGAUCCAUCAUGUUGUACCGUGCUGUCUUGUCUCGAUGGUGUGGCCGAGAUCCCCAGUCGCGAGUACGGAACUUCACCAGUUUGUCCGCCUGGAUAAAGAGCGGUUUGUUGCUAGCACACGGACUCUCUAUCAACUGUCAAGGCACACGCACAGCGCACAUACCACAGCUCUUUCGGUGGGGCCUUGGGAGACAGGCGCUAGGCACAGGGUUCUGGGUCUUGCAAACCAGAGCCCGUCCCUCUUUUUGAUCCUCCCUAAAAAAACACGCAAUAUCAAUCCGAAAGCUACACGUCCGCCAGACCGCCAAUCAUCCUCACAUGCAAGGUGGUCACUAGACCAGUCUUGUUUUUUUAACCUUGAACCGGGGUGGGUGAUGUGCAACAUAACAUGGUACAUGGCAGCACACUUGUCCGCAGGCAGAGCGGUAAGUGAUGGGCGGCGGCGGCCCCAGCCUUGGGCCAUGAUCGCGUCUAAUUUUCCUUGCGACGCGCAUUUGCCCGCCGCUUUUCCUCUUUCCCUUUUGUGCCCGCUUCCUGUCCUGUCCCCUCUUCCUCCUCCUUAUCCACCACCCACACCCCCUUGUCGAUUUUGCGCUGCAGAGCGGGUCGGUCCCCUUCGCGCGCCACAGGUUGGCCAGGGUGAGGGCAACCCACAGGGCCCCGCCAUUGUCACGACUUGUGGGGACCGAAAGAAACAGGAAGUCGACAGGGACCUAUCUCGAGGGAGGGGGGUAGUAACGUCCUCUUUCACUAUUGCAACUUUGUCCCGCAAAUAUUUCGCCUUCUGGGGACAUGACCUUAUCUGGGGUGGGGGGAACCCGACUAAGAGAUAUUGAGGGGGAAUGGAGGAGGACAGGAUGAUUCUCGAUCCCGUCGCCAGAGAUUGGGGAUAGGAGCGCGUCAGGGCGCAAUUGGUGGUGUGCCAAAUAUACUACCCAAUGACAGCACCAUCGACGUAUCCAGCCCGCAUUGAUUGCAUGGCCAGAGAGCGGCAGCAGAAACGGCCCAAAGGGAAAGGGGAAAGCAGCGCUGCGCAGAAUACUGGACACCUCGUGAUCUCAAUGCUUUGCUGUCCGCGCUUUUGGCCUGUUUGCAAAGCCUCAUGCUGCCGCCGUCUUCUGAAAUCCUGGAAUGGGUGGGUGGAAGAUAGCAUGGGUCGCAGCAAAAUACAAAAUACUGCUGCUGGUCCAAGGUUUUAUUGUUGAUGAUGUUUUCAGGUGCGACGGCUGCUCGCUCGUCCCACACCGCCACUCGGUCUGUGCCUGAGUUGGGUUCUGCUGUUGUUUUCUUCCUGUC